CAGAUCAGAUGCCCCAGAUUGGAUCAAGACUUAAGCAGCCUGGAUUUAGUUAGAGAUAAUCUUCAAUACUGUAAGUGCAGUACAUUUUACUUUUUCAAAGUUUCUGAUUUUUGUUACAGUUAUAUUGAACAUCUUUGAAGGAGAAACCUCCCUGAUAUACAAGCUUGAGAUAUGCCUUUAGAAAAGAAAAGGGACACUUAUUUUCCAGUAAUUAGGGAGCUUUAGCAAUGAAGACAACCACGGCUUUGAGAAGGUCAAAAAAGCAAUAGGUUUUGUUAUGUACACUGUUUUGAUAAGACAUAGUCUCUCUCUGAAAAUGCCUAAUUUCAUGUGUUAUGGAGGAAAUAAAUAAGCAACAACAAAUGUUUCUUUCUGAGUAUUGUCCCCAAGAAAUCAACUCCAGGGAAAUUCACCUACAUUUGACCUUCUCAUCGAAAAUGAAUAAAUGUGUCAGAGUUUGAAAAAUGCAAAGUCAUUUUUAUGGUUCGUAUAGAUUCUUGAAUUAUUGAAAAAGUCUUGAAAUUUGCUGAGCAAUUUUCCAGCCCUGGAAAAAGUCUGGAAAAAUGGAAUAAAGUCAUGUAAGAGUUUUUUUUCUUAUCUUGUUUUAUUUUAUUUCUUUAAGCUAAGCUACAACAGGUGCUUUUAAGUGAAAUUAUUUGUUUUGUUUUGGUGAAAUCUUUUUCAAUAUUGCAGCUAAGUUUGCAGCCCAUCGUGAAAAAGGCUUUGUUCCUGCCUUUUUUAAGGUCUCUAUCGAUCACCUAUUUUGUUAACCUUGAGUCUGGAAUAAAACUGUUGUUUUGGUAAAAAGUCUGGAAAAACUCUUGAUUUUUGGAUCCAAAUCCAGUAUGAACCCCGAUUUUAAAAUAGUGUGACAUUUUCGCUGCCAUUGCCGUUGCCGUCGUCAAUGCUAAAGCUCCCUCUUAUGGCUGAACAGGAGUGUGCUCCAUUAAUCAGGCCAAGAUGCCAUAUUCAAAUGUGGCUGCUAAUAAUUAUAUAUGCUCGAAUUAGGUCUGUUUUGGACAUUAAUAAUCAGUAAAAUUAAUUAAUGAGCUGUAACAUAAUUAUUUUCAACUUUUCUUUCCAGAUCAGAUGCCCCAGAAUGUAUCAAGACUUCAUGAGCAGCCCAAAUUUAGUUACAGCUUAUCUUCAGUACUGUAAGUGCUGUACAUUUUACUUUGUAAUCCAGCUCUUGAGUGAACCAGAUAAAUGGGACUGUAACCUGUGUUUGGGCAAAGUAUCAUUAAGCUAAUCCAGGGAAAGCUGUACCUAGUUCUUUCUUUUUACAAUAAUUAUUUUAUUAUUUCACCAUCAAGUGUACCACAGCGACUGGAACUACAUGUAGAAGUUCAUCAAUUUUUCUGUUUCCAAUAAACCAGGCAAAUUAAUUCACUUUUUGCAAGCAAAUCAAAAUUCAAAAAAGAUAAUUCCAUGCUAAACAAUAGAUCAAAAUGAUUAUUACAACUUGAUUGCUCAACAUUAAUUUUGUACCACAUUUUGAUUUGACUUAUGGUAAUUCAAAUUAUUUGAACCCGGGAUUGGAGAUCAUUAUACAAAAGUUCCAAAGCAAAAAGGUUGAAGAUUAUGAUCAUCAUGUGGAGUGUUUUCCUUAACAGUCAGGACUCAGCAGUCUGUACUGUUGGCAAUUCAGCUGGCAACUAG